AUGGGCGAUGGGCAAUACGAUGUUAGUGAAAAAGUCAGGAAACUUUAUGAGAAAAAAAAAGCAAUGCGAGAUGAAGCAAAGGCAUAUUAUAGAAAAUUAGUUGAAAGCCCUUAUAGACCAAUUAACGACGUUGCUAUUUUUGAUCCGAUAAUGUUUCGUCAAAAUGCAGCACAUGCUUAUGCUUAUGAAUAUUAUCGUCCAUCUUUUAAAGGAGUCUUUAUACCCGUGGCUUGUUUUGUCAGUCCCGUGGUUUUAUUAGCAUUAUACAUAUGCAAACGUAGAAGAGAUAUUGAUCAACAAUUGAGGUCUGGUGUUAGAGCAUAUAAGGAUGAACCACUUAAAUUAGUUAAAUAA